AUGAGCCGCCCGGGGAUGCUGGCCGGGCCCCGGAGCCCGAUCCGCACCGAGCCCUUCGGAGAGGGCUUCACGCUGCUGGGCGGGGAGCUGGGCAGGGGCAAGUUCGCGGUGGUGAAGAAGUGCGUGGAGAAGGCGACGGGCAGGGAGUUUGCCGCCAAGUUCCUGCGGAAGCGGCGGCAGGGCGAGGACUGCCGGCCCGACAUCCUCCACGAGGUCGCGGUGCUGGAGAUGGCGGCUGCCAGCCCCCACGUCAUCGGCCUGCACGCCGUCUACGAGACGCCCCGCGAGAUCGUCCUGGUGCUCGAGUGCGCCGCCGGCGGGGAGAUCUUCCACCAGUGUGUGGCUGAGGAGGACGAAGCCUUCACCGAGAAGGACGUCGUGCGCCUGCUGCGGCAGAUCCUGAGCGGCGUGGCCUUCCUGCACCGGCACGGCGUCGUCCACCUCGACCUCAAGCCCCAGAACAUCCUGCUGACCUGCAGCAGCCCCCCGGGUGACAUCCGCAUCGUGGACUUCGGGCUCUCGCGGCGGGUGGAUGCGGUGCAGGAGGUGCGGGAGAUCCUGGGCACGCCGGAGUACGUGGCUCCAGAGGUCCUCAGCUACGAGCCCAUCAGCACGGCCACUGACAUGUGGAGUGUGGGGGUGCUGACCUACGUCAUGCUGACGGGCGAGUCGCCCUUCCUGGGGGACAGCAAGCAGGAGACGUUCCUCAACAUCGCCCAGGUGAACGUGCGGUACCCGGCCGAGCUCUUCCAAGGCAUCUCCCCGCUGGCUGUCGACUUCCUCCGCUCGCUGCUCAUCCGGGACCCCAGGGAGCGGGCGCAGGCCCAGCAGUGCCUCCAGCACCCCUGGUUAACACAAUCAACCCCGCAGCAACCUCCCUUCCGCUCCGCCCGCACGUUUAGAAAAAAACCUGCAGGCAGCUCCAAGCCUGCAGGAAAAGCCUGAGUAAACACGGCCCGGGGGGCUCUGUCCUGGAGCGGAGUGUGUUUGCCUCGGCCCCCCU